CAUUGACGGUGACGGUUGCUGUUAACGGAAUUUUCGCCAUUCAAAAUGCAAUUGAGUGUAGAACAAAAGUGUUUUCUCUGCUAAUCAUACAUUAUACCUAUAAGUCUUGAAUAUGAAGUGUGCUGAAAAUAAAUAAAAUUAAUAAUUACACCGAAUUUACUUGUCCGUUAAAAUAUAUGUAUGCAAAUACUAGAAUUUAUUAAGUUUAAAAAAUUUGUGUAUGAGUGCAAGCCUUGCUAAGCUUACACAUAUGUGUGUGUGUGUGCGUUUAACUUCUAUUAUGACAUAAGGAGAAUUAGAAAAAUGCAAGUGCCCGCGUACGCACUUUAAUGCCAUAUAAACACGAUGGCACCAGUUGCCCAACAACUUCGAAAGUGUUUGGAUUUGUUGUUGUUGUUGGCAUGCGGUUUUAUUUAAUUUUCUGCUUAUUGUUAUGCUGUCAUCUUUGAAUUUUUGUGCAGUUGUUUUGUUGUGAUUUUAAUGUGGCUCCCACUUUCUGCGCAGCAAAUGUGCCAGUUUUAAGUGCCGCUACGUGCUCAAGUGUUCAAAUCUGCUGCGGCGCUGUUACUAGUUCUACAGCUUUGCAUUUCGCUAAGCUAAAAGAAAGGAAAAAAAACAUCGCCAGUGCAUUAUUGUUACAACACUGGUAGCGUCGCGUUUUUAUGUGCGUAUGCGUCCGCCUCCUGUCCUUUGUUAAGUAGGAACAGUGCCGGAGUCUUUGGCGUGCGCGUGCAAGCAUAAAUUUCCUUGACUCUAAAGUAGUCGUGGGACGGCAAGUCCAGGCGCGUUAAUUUUAUUGCUUGCAUUCGGCUAUAAAAUGUAAAAUUGGCGUGCGCAAAUAUAUAACAUCAUAAUAAACGCGUCUAAAUGUUGCCGCUCCGCUGUCGUAAAGUGAAAAUGUUGAUGUGCAUGUGAAAAAUUUUGUCGGUGACAAACCAAAAAAUUUUAAGAAACACUUCGGGUGUGACAUCCUCAGAGUCCCAAAGCUGUCGCAGUGCCGUUAAGCAGCAAAUACUUAAAAAUUUGUGAGGAUAGCUUCUUCAUAAAAAUCUGUUAUAAGCGGAGCCUUCCCAUAAAAAAGACCUAACUAGACUAACUAGAGCAACGGUGGACGCUUGUGUACAAAUAAUCAAGCAAAGAGGACAAUACCGCCAAAAUGCGAAAUUUAAUUGUCCGCAGUGGCGGCUUUGAAGACUUUCGCUCCUUUUAUAAUCGUACUACUGGCACUGGCACAAAGACGCACACAUAAUGUGCAGCAACAAUGAGAACAUCAUAAUCCUUGCAAUUCUACCGAGUAGCAACGACAACGCCACAAACAAUUUGAGCUGAUUUAUUGCGGCGCACGUGACAGAGUCGCAGCCAGAACCUGAACCACAGAGACAAAACCACACAUACCGCAAUCAUAAUGGAUGCAGUAGGAAGCGCGACAAUGUGGCGGCGACGCAAGCCAAUAACAACAGCAACUACCGCUAAGCCACUUUACAACCCAGCAACGUUGACUUUAGUCAUACUGUUGUUCAACAUCACCUCGGCGGCGCUAACUUUAGCUGCAGCAUUGGGCACGACAAGCGAAGCGGCAAUUCAGCACAGCAACAUAACCAACAAUAUUACAACAAGUGCAACAAAAGCACACAUUAAUGCCACAACCGAAGUUAGUUCGACUCCACCAACUACCGAGGCGCAGCUAAAAACUGUACUAACCACAACGCCGGCAACGAGCGCGGCGACUACGAUGAGCGCAAGCACGAUGAGCACGACCAUGAGUAUGCAUCGAGGCGGCGGCGUGGAUGUGCGCUAUGAGGUCGAACAUAAAGAUGACUUAAUCAACGAUCCAUAUGUGCAGAUCGUCUUCUGCGUCAUCUAUACGACCGUCUUCGUGUUGGGCAUAUUUGGCAAUGCCCUCGUUUGCUAUGUCGUCAUACGCAAUCGUGCCAUGCACUCAGUUACGAAUUACUUCAUAACGAAUCUAGCGAUCUCCGACAUAUUGCUCUGCGUGCUGGCCGUGCCAUUUACGCCGCUCUACACCUUCAUGGGCCGUUGGAUAUUCGGCGCUACAAUGUGUCAUCUGGUAUCGUAUGCGCAGGGUUGCAGUAUAUAUCUGUCGACCUUUACGCUGACAGCGAUAGCUGUGGAUCGUGUAUUUGUAAUCGUGUUCCCCUUCAAGCCGCGCAUGCAAAUACGCACCUGUUGUUAUACGCUCGCUUUUAUAUGGUGCUUCUCCUUGGUGGCCACUAGUCCCUAUGCCUUAUAUAUGCGCGUUGUUGUGGCGCAUGUGAAGAAAAAGUAUGUGAAUACCGGUGAGACGUUCAUUGCGAAUAGUACAAAUAGUCUGCGCGAUCAUCUGAAUGCCACAACCACACCUUACGGUAUUUAUCUGCUGACCGAUGCGAUUACAACGGUGGCUUCGGUAACUGGUGUCAAACUUAAUUUAGACGUUUCACCGGACGCGGAGGAUGAUGAUGACGAUGUCACGAUAUACUGCGAGGAGAAUUGGCCAUCGGAGAGUUUUCGCCGUGGUUUUGGUAUUUUGACAACGCUCGGUCAGUUUGUCGCACCGUUAGGCGCGAUUACGGUAUGUUAUAUUUGGGUGUCGGUGCGUCUGAAUAUGCGUGAACGCUGUCGGCCUGGCGCUAAAUCGGCGGCGCGCGAUGCAGCCGAUCGUGAACGUAAGAAGCGCACAAACUUCAUGCUAAUCGCGAUGGUUGGCGUGUUCGCUUGCUCGUGGUUACCGAUGAAUAUUGUCAAUAUGGUUGAUGAUUUCUAUGACAAAUCGAAUGAUUGGUCUUUCUACACAUUCAUCUUCUUCAUAACGCAUGCGCUGGCCAUGUCGUCCACUUGCUACAAUCCCUUUUUGUAUGCUUGGUUGAAUGAGAACUUUCGCAAAGAGUUCAAACAUGUCUUGCCCUGCUUUAAUCCAUCCAAACAUCGUCAAGUGAAUCGUCACUGUUAUAAUCGUUCGGAUCGCAAUACCUGCGAGGGCGGUCGGCGUCGCAAUGAUAUGGGCAAUGGCGUCGGUGUGAGCAUAGAUAUCGAUGAGGGCGAUGAUGAUGAGCAUGAGAAUGGCGUUACGCAGGAGACAUCAUUGGCCAGAGUGAAAGACAAGUGCACGAGCGAGACACUCGAACUGACUUGUAGCAAUAGUGGUGAUGUCUUAACGUCGAAUAAGUGUUGUAAUACGGUAAUGGUGCAUGGCACGCAUGUGGUGGAUAUCACUGUGAAUGGCAAGGGUCAACAUGAUAAUUGUAAUAAUGCGCUGGAUGAGGAUUGUGUGUCGGGUGAUGAGCAUACUGUAGAGAUGCAUUUUACGGAGACGGCGUUCGUGAGCUUGGACAAUGGCAAGGAUAUUUGCCUGUUGGAAGCUGGCUGCAACAAAGAGGUGGGCGAGCAAAUUUUUAACUAAUGACGGGUGAUCGAGACACAUUUCUAAAACUGAGAAUGCGUUCUAAGGCCAAAGGAAACACAAAUUAGUCAGCCAUUUGUAAUAUAAUCUUUUAAGCAAAACUCAGUUGUGGACAUUUUAAAAAUUUAGUUUAAGUAAAUGUAUUUAAAUAGGAUAUUAAGUACAAAAUAUGAAAUUAUUAAUAAUUUAUAAAGGUUAGUAUUUGAUUAAGCCAACGAAGAAGUAACAUUUAGCAACCAGCGAAAUGCAAAAAUUUGUGUAAAAAUAAAUAGCAGAUACAUCUUUGCAUGAGAUAAAGGUUUAACUAUAAAUAUAUCUUUGUAUACAUUUAUUGAAUGAUCUGCUAUCUUUUCUGUCCAUACUAAUAUCCAUUUACUUAAGCUUUAUUACUUUUUCAAGUCUUCUUUAAGAAAGAAUUUAUGAAUUUUUGGUUUACGUAGCAAACAUUUGGACGUAAAAAUAAAUAAUUUUAAUUUUUGGUUCAGCUUUUAUUAAUUAUUUUUAUAUUUACUAUCGAAAGUCGUCUGCGCCUAAAUUUUUUGAUAUAAAUAUAUUUCUUCAACGUUAUUUGCCAUUAAAUUCGCACUCUUUGAAAUACUAAAAAUACAAAAAAAGUUGGUUAUCUUUCACAUUUUUUGUAUUUUCUAUCUAAAAACUAGUUAUAAUUUCGCAAAUUUAUAGUGGCUUCUUCAACGUAAACAUAUCUAAAUUGCCUUAAAGUAGGCUUCGUUUACUUCUAUUCGUUCCUCAAGUUCAUUAUUUUCAAUUGUUCCACCUGAAACAUCUAAAACUAUGCAAUAUCAUUUUCUUAAAUAGACACAAAAAUGGUGCAUUUUUUAAAUAACUGUAUUUCAUCGAAAUGUCAGAAGAGAAAAUGUUACAAAUAUAUACAGACGAGAAUUCCAGCAAUGCCUAAAAUUGUGCUUAUUUUAUUUUUUCCAAUUAUAUUCUGAAUCCAUACAAAUAACUGUUUUUGUUCACGCUUGAAAGCAUGCAUACAUAACAAGCAUGCUUUGUACCUAUUAUCCAGCGUCAUCGACGCCUACAAAAUCGCAACAAUUGCGUGACACACGUACAAUUUGAAGCACCAUAUAAAUGUAUGGAGCAAUUAUGCCUACACAGGAGUAUACAAUAACAUAUAGCUAGAGUUUCGAGCAGUUACAACAAUUAAAAGCAAAAAAUGUGUGUUUCGAAAAAAAAGAAAUUAUAAAAGCUGCAUGCAAUUACAAUUUCGUCAAGUGUGCUACACUUUGUUUUCAAGUAGCAGCACAAUUGCAUUGCAUACUUUAAGGGUGUAUACGUCCGAACUGUCGGUUAGAAAGGAAUAAAAGUUCCUUUUUUUUAAUUGUUUGAACAUAUGUAUAACUGUAUUACAAAGUUAAAGCAAAAUGUCAAUUUAAACAGUUGAAUUUGCUUUGUAAAUAAAUGAGUUUUCGAUUGCCAGACGGUCUACAUUCAGGCGCAAUUAUAAAUGCGUUGCAUUGUAGUGCUAACAGUAAUCAAGUAAUAUUUGUAUAGGGUAGCAUAUACAUAUACAUAUGUAAAUACAAAAAUGGCUUUAAAUAUAUAGUUCUGUCACAAAAACAUAUACAGUUAAUAUUUAUAAUAUAAUCGCUAGUUUGUUAGUUAGAACUUUUCACAACAUACAUACCGCAUUUUAUGCACGUGCAGCCUAAAAGUUGCAAAAUAGCGUACAACAUGAGCCCCAACUUUGGUGGUUUAAAAUAAAUGCAUAAAAAAGACACGAUAAACCAGUCCUUAACUCAAAAUUUUUAGAUACUACUCACAAUGCAACACACAACCAAGAAACUGUAACCCCUCAAAAACGCAAACGGAAGAUACCCACCACGCUCCGCAAACGCCCCCCACGCAAAUGCAUUCAAUAUUAAGCUGCCAAAAAGAUACACGUACAUAUAUUUGCAUACUUUUAGGCAACGCCAAACUAACAAAAUGUGAAGUAUGUCUGUUUGCACUUGUACAUAACAACCGUUAGCUAAUUCUAAGUGGAAAAAUAUCUCAAUGAAAAUUAGUUAUAUAACACAACUACAUAAGCAUGAUACUGAGUUAAGCAAAUACUCACAAAAUCAAUGAAAAAUAUUUUAAAUAGCUUUUAGGCACACAUGCAAGAGAUUCAGCCGAAAAAUAUUUUUUAAGGGUUUCAUAUAUCGAUACAUUAGUAAUGGAAAAAAUGGCUGUUAUGCAAAUAGAAUUCAUUGAAAAAAUGCAAACAAAAUUUGCUAUUCAAAUGUAGCAUACUGCUGCAUUACAGCAUUCUAGGCGCAAAAAUAUUUUAUAAAAAUAAUUCUGUUAAAUAUUUUAGCAUUUAGUGUAGUCAUUAGCAAACUAUUUAAAUAAUUUCGGUAUGCAUGUUAUGCGACCUAAAAACUAUGCAAAAUAAAUCUGAAUUUUGUGGAAAUAUUUAUAAUGUUAAUAGUACAUAAAUAACUGUAAAUGGAAACUUUAUGCAAAUGUGUUGCUUGUAGCAUUGGAAUGCCUAAGGGUAGGCUUUAAACUGUAAAUUACACAUAAAUUUGGUAAAAAGCCUAAAAGUAGGCUAUAGUAUUUUUAAUGCAAAUAAAUUUUAAUAAGCGCUUUUUCAAACUAAAAUUUGUUUCUAAAAGGCCUGCGCAAAUUAUUGCAUCAUUAUUUUACUCAUAACGAAAUCGGUGCUGACCGUUUUUAACUUAAACUGACGCUCUCAUUUUUCAACUUAAAAUAUAAAUAUUCUUAAUUAUUACAUUAAUUAAAAUUAAAGGUUGCUAAGUCUAUAGUUUUUCCACCAUGAUUAACAAUUUCAAUGUGUUUUAAUUAUAAGUUGUUGAUUCUAAAAACUAUUGGGUAUCAGAGUUCCAUGUGGCAACGAAGACAAUAAGCUUUUUUUGAUUCAAAUAUUUAUCGAUUAUUUAAUAUAUUUUUAUCGAAUAAAUUUUAGACGCAAGGUUUAUUUUUCAAUAACUUUUUGCAGCAAUUGGAUAUAUUAUAUUAUAUAAAUCGGGACAACGUUAGACAAAAUUGUUGAGUUUUACUUACUUUUUUGUAAAUAUAAUUUGUUAAUCGAACUUGUUACGUUGUAAAUCAAAAUUGGCUCGCUGAAUUGGUGCUCUGAAAAUCUGAAAUAAUAGCACUUAAUGUGUUUGGUUUUAAUGUUUUGGAAUGCCCAACUGUUUAUACUUUUUAGCGAUUAUUUUUAUUUAUUUAUCGAUAAAUCGUUUUUCGAUUUAUUGUAUGUAUUUAUCAAAUUUUUGUACAUCUUUAUCGAUUAUGUAUGGAUUAGUUUUUAUAUAUAGAUAAUUUUUUAUGUGAUAUUCAAAAUUCUGUGCCAUUAAUUGAAUAAAUUGAUAUGUGACCUGGUCUACGGAAAGGGGGCUUAGGUGUCAAAAAAUCAAUAUUCACUUUUUAGUUGAUUCGGAUGGAAGAUGAGCGUUGUUUAUUUUUACCAGCUGUUUCCCAGAAAACUAGUUUUCGCACGUUAGCUCCCUUUUCGUAGACCAGGUCACAUAUAUCGAAAAAGUUAUAUACUGAAAAGUUGUCGUUUACCAUCGAUAUGGUACUUUAUAACAAAUAUCAAAUUUGCUUGCACCCAAGUAACUACAGAGCUCACUCUCGCCUUCAUUCGAUAAUGAAAUUUGUUUACUAUUGUCAAAGAUUUCGAUAAAAAAAUCGAUUAUUUCGAGCUGAGUUUAAUACUAUUUACUAAAUUUAUCGUUGGCGUAUGAGGCUGAGAACUGAACAAAUGUUAUCGGCUUUAUUGAAAGCCCGAUAACUUAGAGUUAAAAAUUAUGUUUUAUCGUCCUCUUCAUGAAUUUCUUAUAGAUAUGUCGAUGUCACGUCGAUGAAUUAAAUACAGAACAAUUUUGUUCACCUUAGCGACCAGCAAUCCUUCACCAACGUUUAAAUACUGCAGUUUAAGGGCGAUUAAUGCGAAAUAAGUAUGACACUCCUCAUUAUUUUCUUCCAUAGGAAGAGCGCUUAUAAUAGUUUUCGACUUUGGUGAUAAUAUAUAUGUAUUAUUUGAUGUUGAUUACGAUGUUUUAUUGACCUUUUCAUAUAUUGGUUGCAGAUAUAUCGAUAGCAGUAUCGAUUAACUGGCAUACGAUUUUCUUUUUAGUACUUACAUAAAUCAUUGCAUAUCCAUAGGCGCACUUAAGUCUUUGUACUUAUUUGUACAAACGUUUCCACUAAGCACACUUUAGUUAGUUUUUAUACUGUUGCUACAGGGUAUAAUAGUUUUACAUAGGUAAAUUUAUUCAAAAUGAUAUUUUGAAAUAAUUAUUAAUGACGGAGUAUAUAAUUUUGUAUAUAUUAUUUUUAUGAAAUAUAAAAAAAUUAGUCUAGCAAAUAUAUGCAUAAAGAUUUUAUUAAAAUGUGUUAUACAAAGUACAAUUAAAAGUCGGAAAUUAUUUGAAAUAGAAUUUUAUGAAAUUUUUGUUUCGAAAACUCGUAUAUAUACAGAGUUACAUAUAUACACUCAUGUAUGUAUAUAUAAAAAACAAAAACAUUUUAGAAUUAGUUGACGAAAUUUGAAGUGCAAAAUUGUAGUGUCAAGAAAAAUAUUGACUUAAAUUUGAUGGUUAAUUGUAACUCAAAUACAUACUACAUAUAGUAUAUACCCAUACAUAUGUAUGUAUACGUAUUCAUAUAGAAUUAUAGCAUAUGAAUGUGCUUUCCAUGUAAACGAGCUAAUGUGAAUAUUAAAUAAGCGUUAGGUAUUAUAGCGGUUAAUACAUAACUUCUGUUGUUAUGUGUAUGUAUUUGUGUGUAAGUGUUUAAAACUGUAACUAAGUCUGAGUGUUUGCAUUACGUUUGGUUUUCAGAUAAACAUGCCUCCGAGACAUAUGAAAUUUGAUAAAAAAAUAAAUACAUAUAUAAAUAUAUUUAAGAUAUACAGUGUGCGACAAAACUAAAGCACGGAAUCUGCCUUGUCGGUAUUUAACUGGAUAAAAUCAUAAAGUAGGCAUUACGUGAUGUUUUAUUGAUUUGUAUUAUUAGUUCAUGUAUUCUUCUUUUAAAAUUAGUAAAAAUUAAACAAAUUAACUUACUAAAAUAUUAUAUAAAAUUAAAUAUAUGAAGAACUCCAAAAAUCUGGUGCGACAAAACAAAAGCACAUAACUAAGAAUUUACAUUAAUUGCACAUUAAUUGUUUGUCAAACGGUUUUUAAUGAUCAAAAAUGUUGGAUAUAUGUAGUUAUUACCUAAUUAGAAAAAUAUUAAUGCAUAUUCAGUUGCAGUUCGUUAUUCAGUACGGUUGGUUGUAUGUUAAAGAGAAAGAUAUUUCAAUGGCUCGAAAUAAGUAUUCUGUUCAUUUUAGAAAAAAAUUUGUUAAGGAUUUUAAGAAAAGAGAAUCGGUUAUGACUAUUGCAAAAAAGUUUGGAAUAAAUCAUCCUAAUGUUUCCCGAA